UUCGAUGGUGCAAAUUGAUAAAAAUUAUUAGGUUUAUUAGCCAUUUUUUCAGUUCAGUUUGGUUCGGUCUCGUUUAGACGGUUCUGCAAUGGAAACGUCAAGAAAAACUCGCACGUGUCAAGGUGACGCCUUUACGCCCAUUAUAAAACAUUAGAUGACCUUGUCAUUUAAUUUCCUUGCGAAAGAUAAAAAAAAUAAAAUAAUAAACACUUGCAGAAUUUUAGUUCCAAAACCGAUUUACUAGAUCAGUUUUACUUGGUUCGCGAACGAGAACUAAGAACGAGAACAAUAAAACUCUUUUCUCGAAAUCGAUACUGUCAUGGAAGACGAGAUGCGCAAUGUAACGCUGAAGAGCAAUGAUGGCUAUAGCUUUGACGUCAGCGUCAAUGUGGCCGCGAUGUCAAAAACCCUGGAAACGCAAUUGAAGCCCCAAAUAGACGUAGAAGACGACGACGCGAAGGAAACCCACACCAGCAUCACCCUGUCAAUGGUCAGUGGGAUCAUUUUGAAUACCAUCGUCAUCUGGUGCGAUUACCAUCAGAACGACCCGGUCGCCGAAACUCGCCGUAAUGUGGAGUCCCAAGUCAACGUGGAGGAGGUGAAGAAGAAGGAGGAAAUCCCGAAAGGAAAAAAAAGAUCCACGCUCAGGAGUUACAGGAAGCCGAAGGCUCCAGUAGGGUCCGGAGACAAAGCUGCAUCGAGUAGUCAGGAUACAGAGUUCGAGGCUUUUACCAAGAUGUUGAGGAUCGAGCGGAGAAUGUGCGACUGGGAUCGCCGACUGGUUGAGAAAGAGGAUGUUCGCUUUCUGUGCGAACUCGGUAAGGCAGCCGCGUAUCUUCAGAUCAAGGGACUCGUCGAGCUCGCGGCGAAUGCUAUUCAGCAGAAAUUAAUCGACCAAUACCCCCCGGAGGAGCUUUUCAAGGCUUGGGUCGUGAUGUCGAAUCAACAAUCCUCGACCAGAAUUUUUUCAGCGGACGGUGCAACAGCCCACGCUGGACCGACUCAUGGAGUCAUCUGGCACGAGGAUCGGCCGUCGAGCUCUGCUGGACAUGAUACAAAAUUUAGGAAUUUGGUACUGGAAGCCCAACAAAUACCUGGAUGAUUUUUUUGAAUUAUCUAUGGAGAUCGUUAUAGAUAUGUGAUUUUUGUUGUUUACGGUGAAUCGAAUUUCUGUGUUCAAAAUAACGGUACAAUUCACUUAUUAAUGUAUAUAAUAUUAAUGUUAACUUGGAUGUUGGUAAUAUUAGCUUCGAUGCCCAAACGUGUGCCAGAUGAUUUAAUGGUUUUCGCACCUGGUGAUCCUCAUCUACCGGAGAAAGAUAAAUACCCGAAGGACUUGCGGAGCAACGUGUGAUUAUUUACUUGUUGGAUGCAAACCAGGUGCGAAUACUGUUUUGCCUGCCCUAGUGUAACCACGGGUAAUGAAAUCGUCGUUCGCGUGUAAGUUGAACUUCACGCU